AUGCCAGCAACGAAAAGAGCCCGGCGUUCCGGAAGGCUAGGCGUGAAUGAAAUUGAGGAACUCCAACAGCCAGCUGAUAUUGAUCACAAUCACAUCCGCCAUGAAGCGCUAGAAGCUCGAUCUUUCUCUAUUGACCAUGAAGCUCAAAAGGAUAAAUGUCUUGCGUGUAACACUUGUCGGAAAAAUAGGGGGCCAACACAUUUCUUUGACCACAUCAUCAUUCAUGCGUCGAAGCGCCGAUUUCGAUGCUCUAAAUGUGGCGACACGAAAUAUAAACCCGCCGCCUUCAAAAAGCAUCGCAUAAAGUGUGGCGGAGAAACGAUCGAUGACAUAGACUCAGAAAUGAUUGAGGAGUGGAGACAGCUGAUUAAUAAAUGCUAUCCACAACAUUCCGAAGAAAUGCAUGACUAUCUGAAUGAAAAAUUUGCGAGGAUAUUGGCACCAAAGACACCAAAAAACACCAAACCAAAGAAAAAGCGAGAAGAACAAAGAGAAGGCUCGCUCCAGAAAUGCCUCGAACCAUUUGUUUAUCCGACAGACGGAUCUAAUGGAAUGAAUCAUAUGGAGACAACUGAAAGUAUUGCGAUCCCGGCUGAAGCUAUGGAAAUUUCAAUGCCCCAGCUAUCACUAUUGCGUCAAGAUGUCAUAAAAGAUGAGGAUUGGAAUCAGGGAACAGAGUCACCAUCAAACGCUUCAAGCACCUCUACAUCAGUAGAACAAAACUCGCAGCUCGUUCUCAUCCUUCAGAAGCGCAAUGAGGAAAUUCGGCUCUUACGAGAAGAACUCGAAACUUGGAAUCGAAAAAUGGUCCAAAUGGAGCAAAUGCUGGCUGGCAAAUGUAUGGAAACGAGUCAGCUGAGGGAAGAAAAGAUCGCGUCUGAUGCACAGAGAGAGGCACAGUUUAGAGCGCUACAGAAUAAGAUCUUGAUGCUGAAAGCUCAAUUAAGAACUAAAGGGAUGAAUGGG